AUGGCGAUGGAGGAUCGCGGUCCCGAGCUAGCUGCGGUUUGCUGGACGUUUGUGACUACAGCCUUUGUUGCCACGGCGUUAAGAUGCUAUGUGCGGACACGCAUCGUCAAGAGGUUUGGUCUCGACGACUGGACGAUGCUCGCUGCUCUCGUUUCCUUCAUCAUCUUUAUUGCGUGUACCUUGUGCGGCAUCCACUACGGCACAGGCCGACAUUUCUGGGAUCUAGAGGAACAGGACAUCGAAAUGGCGCUUAAAUUCUGGUGGCAUUGCUACUACUGGUACUGCGUCACAAUAAUCCUAAGCAAGGUCUCCAUCGCGGCCUUCCUGCUGCGAAUUGCCGUCAGCCGUGUCGGCCGAGCCAUCAUCUACAUUGUCGCAAUUGCCACAGUCGUUAGUGGCGUCGUCUUCUUCUUUGUUAAUAUUUUCCAAUGCCGUCCGGUUUCGUUCUACUGGAACCAGCACCAGCCCGGCACUUGCCUUGAUAACGAUGUCAUCAUCGGCAUUACCUAUGCAUACAGCUCGUUCAGCGUCGUUUGCGACUUUACUUUGACGCUCCUACCGAUCGGGUUUAUCUUCACGCUCCACAUGGAUACGCGGAGCAAGAUUGCUCUGAUUCCCAUCAUGGCCAUGGGCUCCAGCGCUGCUGUGGUCAUUCGUUUUUUCUAUAUUCAUGACUUUAACAAUCCGGACUUUCUAUAUGCCACACUCGAUAUCGCGAUCUGGUCGAUAGCAGAAUGCGGUCUUGCCAUAAUUGCCGGCUGUCUCGCCACCCUCCGCCCGCUGUUCCGUAUUGUUGGGCAGAAGUUCGGGCUCGCGAUCCCUGGGCCUACCAUUCUAAACCGAGGCGCCAUGUUUAGUCUCCCUACGAUCAAGAACGAGGAUGUCGAAGACAAUCGAACGGCCAAUGGCAGUAAUCUGGACAGUAAUACAACGGGGGAGCGCGCGUCUAUGUGGCUCCCUCAGGACCAGGAGCAGGACCAGGAGCAGGACCAGCCCGAUAAGAGCAGGGAGGAGCUUACAGUGGGACAUUGA